AUGAAGGCAGGCUCGAACGCUAUCCAGCAGACGCUGAAGCCGGAGGCGGCGGCGGUGCUCAACCAAUCCAUGACGGAGGCUGGCCGCCGCAAGCACGGCCAGACGACGCCGCUCCACGUGGCGGCGACGCUUCUGAAAUCGGCGUCGGGGAUUCUGAGGCAGGCAUGCAUCCGUUCGCACCGCAACUCGAGCCACCCGCUCCAGGGCCGCGCGCUGGACCUCUGCUUCGGCGUGGCGCUCGACCGACUGCCGGCGACGACGGGUCAGGGCGCGGAGGACGGCGCGCCGCCGCCGACGGAGCCACCGGUCUCCAACGCGCUUUUGGCGGCUCUAAAGAGGGCGCAAGCACGCCAGCGGCGCGCGUGCCAGGAGCAGCAUCCGGUCCUCGCCGUGAAGGUCGAGCUCAAGCAGCUGAUAAUCUCGAUACUCGACGAUCCCACCGUGAGCCGCGUGAUGAGGGAGGCCAAGUUCUCCAGCAACGCCGUGAAGGCCUCCGUCGAGCAGUCGUUGAAAAAUUCCAACAGGCGCGCAAAUCAGCUACGUAUCGGGAGUACGAAUUCCGGGGUGGAUAUCGGUGGAAACGCUCAAAGAACGAUCCUGAAUUCCGGCCAAAUCCCGACUCCGGUGACUCAGUCCAGUCGGAGCUUCUACGUGAAUCCGCUCCUGCAACAUCAGCCUCAGACACCCACAGCACAUAUUGGGAAACGUUUAGACGAGGAAGUGCAAAAGGUGUUUGAUAUAAUGUCUAGCAACAAAAAUAGAAACCCGAUUCUGAUGGGGAUUUCGGAGCCUGAGGCCGUGACCAAGGGAUUCUUCAGUAAAAUAAGAAAUAACGAAUUCGGUAAUGAUCUGAAUUUGAAGGAUUCUCAGAUAAUACCAAUAGACAAAUAUCUUCCUUUGUAUGAUAUUAAUCUAAUGGCCUCAAAGGUGAAUGAAUUUGGAAGAAUGAUUGAGAGCAGAAUUGUGAAAGGUGGUGUGAUUCUUGAUCUUGGGGACUUGAGGUGGCUGGUGGAGCAGCCGGAGCAGGGUGCAAGUUCCAGUGGGGCCCAGCAGCUACUGAAUGGACCGGUUGUGCCUGAGGCCCGACGUGCCGUGGUGGUGGAGAUUUCGAAGCUGCUGGCAAGUUUUGGUGGUGCAGAUGGAGUUCAACAUGAGGGUAAUAGGCUCUGGUUGAUUGGGACCGCAACUUUCGACACAUAUACAAAGUGCAUGGUUUAUCAUCCUACCAUGGAGAGUGACUGGGGUUUGCAGACCGUGACUAUUACGUCGAGUUCUCCUACUCCACGAAUGUUCCCGAGGCUUGGACCUGAGAGGAUCAUGAGCAACCCCUUGGAGCCUAUACCUAGUCCGUUACCUACUUUAGAAUUGCGUACACCUGGAGAUCACUUGGAAUCUGCUCAAAUUCAACCUACUCCGAGUCCUUUACCUGGUUUAGCAAGAAGGCUCGUGACUGAAAAUUUAGAUCCUGCUCAAAAACCCACCUUCUGCCCUCAGUGCUCAGUGAAUUACCAAAAAGAUCUAGUGAAAUUUGCAGCCAUAGAGCAGUCGGUAUCUCAAUCCAAACAGGAAAUGUCAAUAUGUUUACAGGAAAAGGAUCAAGAUUUGCAGAAAAAAUGGACAAACACGUGCUUGUAUCUACAUCCCAAUUUUCAUCAAAUGACCCUGCCCACGAGCAUUUAUGAUCCAAACUUGCUCGAGUUUCCCCCUUUGCAGCCUAUUAAUGUGCGCCGGUCUAACCCGGUGGUGGCCUCAGACCUGCAGCUGAGCAUCGACCCAGUCACGCCCCAAACCGCCACACCGGCCCGCCCAACGAGCCCCGUUCUCACGGACCUUGUCCUCGGAACCCAGUUCCCGGAGCAACUCGCCGAGGAUCUUCCGGCCAAAGACCUGCUCAGCUGCAUCUCGUCCGAGCCACAAUUCUCCCUCCACCUGGACGCCGGCACGCACAAGAACCUCCUUAACGGCCUGAUGGAGAAUGCCUGGUGGCAGGCAGACGCCGCCUCAGCCGUGGCCACUGCCAUCAUGCGCUGCCGCCUGGGCAACGGCAAGCAGCGUGGCUGUGGAAGGAACGACUCGUGGAUGCUGUUUGCCGGGCCCGACCGGGUCGCGAAGCGCAAGAUGGCGUACGUUUUGGCCGAGCAGAUAUCAGGGUCGGGCCCGGUUAUCAUCUGCCUCGGCCCGAAUCGGGAGGACGACGAGCCCUACGAGCCCGAAAGCAGCGUGCGUGGCCGCACGGCGGCCAACCGGAUCGUGGAAGCCAUUCGCCGGAACCCGUGCUCGGUGAUCAUGCUUCGGGACAUCGAUGAGGCGGACAAGAUCGUGCGUGGGAACAUAAAACGAGCGAUCGACCACGGACGGCUCGCCGACUCCCAUGGCCGUGAGGUCGGUCUUGGGAGCGCGGUUUUCAUUGUCACCGGCGACUGGUCGAUGAUUAGCGACGAAGCCUUACGUGAUGGGCAGUUUGUCGACGAGCGGAAGGCGAAUUCAACAGCUGGCGGGUGCUGGCAGCUGGGGCUGAUUGUUCGGGAGAAGAUUGUGGCCGGCAAGCGGCGGGCCUCACACGACGGGCGGGCCACGCGGAUGAUGAGGCCGAGGCUGGAGCUAAAUCUGGGGAUAUCGUACGAGGAAGGGCCGGAAGAAUCGAGCGACGUGAAGAAGAAGGCGGUGGAAGGAGGUGGUGAUGAUGAUGAGGCGGGGGAUAUGGACGGGGUUUUCUCAAUGGUGGCGCUGCCGUACGACCUGGCGAACAUUGUGGACGACUCGGUUGUGUUCGGGCCGGUCGAGGCGGAAGCCGUGUGCCGGGAGAUCAAGAAGAAGAUAGCGGAUAGGUUCUCGGAGGAAGUGGGGGGAGAUGAGGUGGAGAUCGAGAUAGGGGAUGAUGUGGCGGAUAAGAUAUUGGGGGGACUGUGGCACGACGAGACGAGCUUGGAGAAGUGGGUGGAAGGGGUGGUGGGACCGAGUUUCGAGGAGUUGAAGCAGCGCCUGCCGACCAGAGACAGGAGGAGCAUGGUGGUCCGGCUGGUGGUGGAGUCGGAUUCGAGCUGCCGGGGCAAGAAGAGCAGGGAGAAUGUGGACUGGCUGCCGAACAACAUCUUGGUGUAG